UUUUGCAUUGCACCGCGUGUGUUUGAUACGCAACGCAAUCGCAUUUAAAUUUUAUAUUUUAUUGUGAAAAGAAGUAAAUUUGCACAACAAAAUGAGUUUGUACAACUUCAAAAAGAUUAUGGUGGUUCCGCCAGCAAAGGACUUCAUCGAUAUUAUGCUCUCAAAGACACAGCGAAAGACACCGACUGUUGUGCACAAGGGUUAUAAGAUAUCGCGUAUUCGUGCCUUCUACACACGCAAAGUCAAGUACACGCAACAGAAUUUCCACGAUCGUCUGUCACAGAUUAUACAGGAUUUUCCGAAACUAGAUGACGUACAUCCAUUCUAUGCCGAUUUAAUGAAUGUGUUGUACGAUAAGGACCAUUACAAAUUGGCUUUGGGUCAGCUGAACACAGCUAGGCACUUAAUUGACAACGUUGCCAAAGAUUAUGUGCGUUUGUUGAAAUAUGGUGAUUCGCUUUAUCGUUGCAAGCAGCUUAAAAAAGCAGCGCUGGGUCGUAUGGCCACAAUUUUAAAGAAGCAAGCUUCGAAUCUUACAUAUUUGGAGCAAGUGCGUCAACAUUUAUCACGUUUGCCUACCAUUGAUCCCUAUUCACGUACAAUUAUCAUUUGUGGUUUCCCCAAUGUGGGCAAGUCAUCAUUUAUCAAUAAAAUUACACGCGCCGAUGUGGAAGUGCAGCCAUAUGCUUUCACCACCAAGUCCCUAUAUGUAGGACACACAGAUUACAAGUAUUUGCGCUGGCAGGUCAUCGACACACCCGGUAUUUUAGAUCAUCCACUCGAGGAACGUAACGUCAUCGAAAUGCAAGCCAUUACCGCCUUGGCACAUUUGCGUUCUUGUGUGCUCUACUUCAUGGAUAUCUCUGAACAAUGCGGUCAUUCAAUAGAAGAACAAGUACAAUUGUUCGAGAGCAUCAAACCGCUAUUCACAAACAAGCCAUUGAUUUUGGCCAUUAAUAAAAUCGAUAUAAUUGGUCUUGAAGAUCUAUCAGAGGACAAACGUGAAAUCAUCACCAAAUUACAAGAAGAUAAAAAUGUGCCCGUUAUGUUCACAUCCACAGUCAGUGAAGAGGGUGUUAUGGAAGUGAAAAGUGAAGCCUGUGAGCGUCUGCUUUCAUACCGUGUCGAGCAAAAGAUGCGCACAAAGAAGGUAGAUAAUAUACUAAAUCGUCUGCAUGUAGCAGAACCCAAACCGCGCGAUGAUAAGGUACGUGCUCCAUGCAUACCCGAGCAAGCUUUGGCACGUCUCGAAAUGAAAGCAGAGAAAGCGGAACGUAAACGCAAACUCGAGCGUGAUAUCGAGGAAGAAAUGGGCGAUGAUUACACUUUGGAUCUGCAAAAGAACUACACCGAAAUACCCGAAGAGGAGCGCUACGAUGUUAUACCCGAAUUUUGGGAUGGCCACAACAUUGCCGACUACAUCGAUCCCGAUAUCUUCUCCAAAUUGGAAGAACUCGAACACGAAGAGGGUAUACGCGAAGAAGGCGGUGUAUACGCUCUACCUGAUAUGACCAUGGAUGAAACGCUCAAGGAGAUACGCGAAAUGGCAAAACAAAUACGCGGAAAGCGCUUUGAGCUGCGCGAUGACCGUCGUCUGGCAUCGAAAAAGAACAAGCCAGCAAUUCCACGUCACAAGCAACCCAAGGUACGUGAUCGUUCGGUCGCUAAGCUGCGUGAAACCAUGGAGAAUCUGGGCGUCGACAUGUCCGGCACCGAAAAUGCCAACUUCACAAAAUCCGUUGUCGAUCUGCGACGCGGUGUGGUAGCUGUUGGCACCAAAGAGUUGAAGAAACCACUGCUGGACAAGGAAUCGUCCGCAAUAGUGAAGCGCACAGGACAGCCAUUGAAACGUGCGCCAGCGCGUGAUACAAUGGGCGUCAAGAACGUGGCGAUGAAGAAGAAGGCACAACUGAUGGCGAAACGUGACAUUGCUAAGAAGGUGACACGACUGGGAUUGAAGGGCGAAGCUGAUCGCUUUAUCGGCACCAAAAUGCCCAAGCAUUUGUACUCAGGCAAACGAGGUACGGGCAAAACGGACAGACGUUAAGCGUGCAGCAAUUUGGCGGCGGGGCUGCUGUUGGGAGGGCAAAAUGUUGAAACCUUUAGCUUUUAUUUUUAUUGUUUUUGGAAUUGUAACAAACUCGAUAAUGUACUUUUACAUUGCGCUAUGAAACAAUUUGUGUAUUUAACUAAUAAAUAUGUGAAUUUUGGAUUGCAUUUCAUUACAACAACAAAC